AUGGUCCUCGAACGCCUCCAGCAGAUGGCAUCCCAUCUCACUGGCCAAGUCGCGGAGCACCACCCCUUCGAUCCUCUGUCAACAGACGAAAUCGCAGCAGCAGUCGAGAUCGUCCGGCGCGAGCACAACGAUGUACACUUCAACGCAGUAUCCCUCGAAGAACCGAAGAAGGCGGAGAUGAUGCGAUGGGUGGCCGAUUCAGAAUACACUCCCAAGCCACAUAGAAUCGCGGAUGUCGUCUGCAUCGGACGGGGCAGCAGGGUGUUCGACGGCCUGGUGGACUUGACAGAGGGUCGGAUUGUGCAGUGGGAGCUCACAGAGGGUGUUCAGCCGCUCAUCACUAUGGAAGACCUGCAGAUCGUCGAGACGGUGGCCAGGAAGGACCCCAAGGUCAUAGAACAAUGCGGUAUCUUGGGUAUACCGCCAGAGGAAAUGCACAAGGUGUACUGUGAUCCUUGGACCAUAGGCUACGAUGAACGCUUUGGCUCGAAAGUGCGGCUCCAGCAGGCGUUGAUGUAUUACAGACCGCAUCCCGAUGACUCUCAAUACACGUAUCCGCUCGACUUCUGCCCGAUCUACAACGCAGAUACCCAGCAGAUCGUACACAUCGACGUACCGAAGACUCGAAGACCGCUCAACACCGCCCCGCCGAUCAACUACCACGCCGAAGCUAUCAAGAAAGAGGGCGGCGUCAGAGACGAUCUCAAACCACUCAAUAUCACACAACCAGAAGGCGUCUCCUUCAAGCUCGACGGCCGCACUCUGAAAUGGCAGAACUGGAGCGUCCACAUCGGCUUCAACUACCGCGAAGGCAUCGUCCUGUCCAACGUCACUUUCAAUGACAAAGGCAACAUCCGGCCCGUCUUCUGGCGCAUGUCUCUGGCAGAAAUGGUCGUGCCCUACGGCAACCCAGAGCAUCCUCACCAGCGCAAGCACGCUUUUGAUCUUGGCGAGUACGGCGGCGGCUACAUGACGAACUCCCUUGCCCUGGGCUGCGACUGCAAAGGCGCGAUUCACUACCUCGACGCCGCUUUUGUGAACAAGGCAGGCGAGCCACAGACGAUCAAGAACGCCAUCUGUCUUCAUGAAGAAGAUGCAGGGAUUCUGUUUAAGCACACCGACUUCCGCGACGACUCGUGCACCGUGACACGCGGCCGAAAAAUGAUCAUCAGCCAUGUCUUCACAGCUGCCAACUACGAAUAUUGUGUCUAUUGGAUCUUACAUCAGGAUGGUGUUAUACAGCUGGACAUCAAACUGACUGGCAUUCUGAACACUUACGCAUUGGCGCCAGGGGAGGACGCUGCCCCUUGGGGAACUGAGGUGUAUCCAGGAGUGAACGCGCACAACCAUCAGCAUCUGUUCUGCUUGCGAUUAGAUCCGAAUAUCGACGGGCCGCAGAACACGGUCUUCGAAGUCGACGCAACACGUGGCGACGGCGAACCUGGGAGCGAGCAGAAUCCGUACGGCAACGCUUUCUACGCUAAGAAGACAGCGUUGAAAACCAUGUCCACCGGAAUGUCCGACUACGACGCCAGCACCUCCCGCACCUGGGACUUCUCCAACCCCAACAAACUAAACCCCCACUCCCACAAACCCGUCUCCUACAAACUAGUAUCCCGCGACAUCCCCCCUCUUCUCCCCAAAAAGCACAGCCUCGUCUACAACCGCGCCGGCUUCGCCCGCCACGCCCUCCACGUCACCCGCCAGUCAGACACCCAACUCCACCCUGCCGGCCGUCACGUCCCGCAGACCUCCGGCACGCCUUCACAGGGGAUACCGGCGUGGAUCGCAGCGGAUCCGGAGGGCGGGAUCGAGAACACGGAUGUAGUGGUCUGGCAUACGUUCGGGGUGGUGCAUUUUCCGAGUCCGGAGGAUUAUCCGAUUAUGCCGGCGGAGGGCAUGGGGGUGUUGUUGCGGCCGCGGAAUUUCUUCGAUAGGAAUCCGGCGUUGGAUGUUCCGGCUAGCUAUUCGAGUACGCCGAGUCAGGUGCAGGCGGGGAAGGAAGGGGUGAGGGUGGUGGUGGAUGGGUUGAGUCGGCUGGCGUUUGGAGGAGGUGGGGAGAAGCCGGCGAGUGAUGAUUGUGGGUGCAAGUAG